AUGUGCAGUGAAUCUAAAGAAUAUUCUUUUGAAACAAAUACAAAAUCCGAAUUUAGAGCAUUUGGUGAUGAUUUUAUGGUUCAGACUGGAGAUCCGACUGCAAGCGGGAAAGGUGGGGAAUCAAUUUAUGGUAUAUUAUACGGUCCUUCACGAAAAUAUUUUCCAGCAGAAAUUCAUCCCAAAUUAAAACAUAAAAACAUUGGAACGAUAUCAAUGGCUGUAGAUAGUAAUGGUACGGAAGGAGGAGGUGUAAGUGGAUCACAAUUUUUCAUUACAACAGGUGAAAAUUUAGAUUAUUUAGAUGGAAAAUAUACAGUAUUUGGAGAAGUUGCCGAAGGAUUUGAUACUUUAGAUAAAAUUAAUAAUGCAUAUUGUGAUGAAACCGGAAGACCUUAUAAAGAUAUUAGAAUUAAACAUACCAUUCUACUUGAUGAUCCAUUUCCGGAUCCUGAAGGUUUACAAGUUCCGGAUCAAAGUCCACAACCAACCAAAGAAAUGUUGGAAACUAUAAGAAUUGGGGAGGAUGAAAAUAUAGAACCAGAAUUACCACCGGAACAAAUGGAAAAAUUACAAAGACAAAAGGAAGCACAAGCACAAGCCUUAACAUUAGAAAUGAUUGGAGAUAUUCCUUUUGCAGAAGUGAAACCUCCAGAAAAUGUUUUGUUUGUUUGUAAACUUAAUCCUGUUACAGGAGAUGAAGAUUUAGAAUUAAUUUUUUCAAGAUUUGGAAUAAUUAAUAGUUGCGAAAUUAUUCGUGACAAAAAGACUAAUGAAUCAUUAUGUUACGCAUUCAUAGAAUUUGAGAAUAAAGAAGAUUGUGAAACAGCAUAUUUCAAAAUGAAUAAUGUUCUCGUAGACGAUCGACGUAUUAAGGUUGAUUUCUCACAAUCAGUUUCUAAACUACAUAAAGAUUGGAUUUAUUCUAAAAUGAAAAGAAGAGAAGGUGGUGGAUAUGGAGGAUCCGAAAAUUUAGAAAAGCGAACAAAAUAUCGGAUUGGAGAUGAUACACCAGUUGAUAAGUAUGAUCUUGUUUUUGAGCAUACAGGUGAUUAUGAUAAAGAAAAACAAAUACGUGAAAGUGAUUAUCAUGAUAGAAGUUACAUACGAAAGAGAUCUAGAUCAUCUAGUCCACGAAGAAAUAGAAAUUAUGAUCGAUAUGAACCAAAACAUGAUAGAUUCGAUUAUAGGAGUGAAAAAGGUCAUGGUAAAGAAUAUAUUCGACGUAGGUCCAGAUCAAGAUCACAUUCAAGAGAGAGAAAAAGAGGUUAUCAAUAA